AUGUCAAUAAUGAAUACAAGUGAAUACAACAAAAAGGAUAUUUCCAAAGUAUUUGCUUUUCUGCGAGUUCAACUUCAAACAAAAGAAAAAGAAUUACUUGAUUUGCAACUAGCUGAUCCAUGUUUAUUAUCGCCUGACUCUGAUCAGGUUAGUAUGUUGGCAAAUGCAAUUAAUUCUCUUCAGUUGUCCACUCAGGAAGGAUCGUUUGUUUUUGCAUCGGCUUCUGCUUCUGAUGAUACUUCAUAUUGUACAAAUACAAAAAGUUGCUCCACUGAUUUCAAUGCUAUAAAGUCUCUACCACCUUCAGUUUGGCUGUCGGAAACGAAUCGAGUAGAACAGAAAAAUCAACAACAAUCAUUUAUAUUCGCUCAUCUUCUAUCAUUACCUAUUGAUGCGUAUCUAGCAUCAACGUCACCAUUAUUAGGAACAACAGUUAAAACACAAUACCGAUCAUUAUGUCGUAUUCCUAUGGUUAACCAUUUGCUCUUUAUGCCUAUUGACGCAUUCAAAGUAUCUUCUAAGAAUUCUAUGCCGAAUAAAAUCAAAAUGAAUAACAAUGCAGAAAACAAUGAUUCAUCUUCAAGAGAAAAAUCAAAGAGUAUUUUGAACGAUGAAAUGAUGCUAUCCAAAGAAUAUUGGCUUAAAAAAAAGCAAAACUUAUCAUCGACAGGCUAA